AUGAGAUUCAUCAGUAGCUCCGUGCUUGCCUUUGGGCUUGUUGCACCAGCAUUGGCGUAUCCUCACCCAGUCCCAGGCGCAAAACGCGGUUCACCCAAUCCUACAAGGGCGGCAGCGGUCAAGGCCGCAUUCCAGACGUCAUGGAACGGCUACCGCCAGUUUGCUUUCCCUCAUGACGAUCUUCAUCCAGUUAGCAACACGUUUGAUGAUGAGAGAAACGGCUGGGGCUCAUCAGCGAUUGACGGCCUGGACACGGCGAUCCUCAUGGGAGCGACCGAUAUUGUCAACACGAUUCUGCAGCGCGUGCCUCAGAUCAACUUUACCACCACUGCGGUUGCCAACCAGGGCAUCUCUGUGUUUGAGACCAACAUCCGAUACAUUGGUGGCAUGCUAGCCAGCUACGACCUGUUGAAAGGCCCAUUUAGCUCAUUGGUGUCAAAUCAGACUCUGGUGAACAACCUCCUGACCCAGGCCCAAACGCUGGCCAAUGGCCUCAAGGUCUCGUUCAACACCCCGAGUGGUGUCCCAGAUCCUACCGUCUUCUUCAAUCCCACUUUCCGGAACAGCGGUGCAUCAAGCAACAAUGUUGCUGAAAUUGGAACGCUGGUCCUUGAGUGGACGCAUCUGAGUGACCUUACCGGAAACCCUCUCGCACAGGCAUGGCCUGGCCUGGUUGGAACGUUUGUCAGCACAAGCAACGGCAACUUCCAGGACAGCAAUGGCAGCUGGUCGGCUCUCUCAGACAGCUUCUAUGAGUAUCUGAUCAAGAUGUACUUGUAUGACCCGGUUGCGUUUUCAAACUACAAGGACCGCUGGGUUCUUGCUGCCGACUCGACCAUUGCGCAUCUCGCCUCUCACCCAAGCACCCGUAAAGAUCUCACCUUUUUGUCGUCAUACUCUGGACAAUCAACAUCGCCAAAUUCAGGACACUUGGCUAGUUUUGCUGGUGGCAACUUUAUCCUGGGAGGCAUUCUCUUGGGCGAGCAAAAGUACAUUGACUUUGGCAUCCAGCUUACCAACUCGUACUAUGCCACGUACAACCAGACUGCUUCUGGAAUUGGUCCCGAGGGCUUCAACUGGGUGGACAGCGUGACGGGCUCCGGAGGCUCGCCUCCCUCAUCCCAGUCCUCCUUCUACUCCAAGGCAGGAUUCUGGGUGUCGGCACCGUACUACAUCCUGAGACCUGAGACCCUGGAGAGCUUGUAUUACGCCUACCGAGUUACGGGAGAUGCCAAGUACCAGGAUUGGGCAUGGGCUGCUUUCAACGCCAUCAGCAAGGCGUGCCGCGCCGGCAGCGGGUACUCGUCCAUCAACGACGUGACACAGGCCAAUGGCGGAGGAGCCUCUGACGAUAUGGAGAGCUUCUGGUUCGCCGAGGCGCUCAAGUACGCGUAUCUCAUCUUUGCCGACGAGUCAGCCGUGCAGGUGAACCCCAAUGGCGGCAACCAGUUUGUGUUUAACACGGAGGCACACCCCUUUAAGAUUCGUCAUUGA